CAGAGGCGCGCAGAAGCGCACAGCCCCAACGGGUCCCUCCCUUCAUUGAUUGAGUGCCAGGCUCAAUCGAAUUAGUCGCGAUGGUCAAUGGAAGUGGCUGCUAGCUCUGGCUGGCUGGCUAGCUGGCUAGCUUGAGCGCGCAAGACUUUGCGAGAGAGCGGCCGUUUCCACGCCACCGGAGCCCGUUUAGAUUUUUUUUUGUGUUUGCGUCUCGCUCCUCCCGCCGUCCUUACACCUCCGGAGUUCCGCUCGACCGCUGAAUUUUUUUUUGUUGCUGCCGUUGCUCCGGAUCGAAGAAAAGAAAACACACCGGGGGGAAAUGUAGCGUCGGCGCUGCUGCGCACCUGCCCCCCCGGCGAGAGCGAGAGUUACAGCGAUGCGCGUGCACAGCAGCCGGGCGGCGGUGCCCACGCUGCUGGGUGUGUGGCUGGGCUGCGUGCUCGCCGGGAGAGGCUGCCCCGAGCAGUGCCAGUGCUACAGCAGAGCGGUGGAGUGCGGCUCCAGGCAGCUGACUCGAGUGCCCGGUCCCAUCCCCAACACGACCCAGGUGCUGUACCUGCAGGACAACGGGCUCUCGCGGCUACACACGCACGCACUCCACGCGUGUGCCCAUCACCUCGAGAGCCUCUACCUGCAGCAGAACCACAUCUCCUCGCUGGCCGGGGCCGAUGGAGAGGAAGAUGGGCUCUUCACGGACCUGUCGGCCCUCAGGGAGCUCAACCUGGCCUCCAACAGGCUCACCACGCUGCCCGCGGGCGCCUUCGCCGGCCUCCUCAACCUGCGCCAGCUGUACCUCAACAACAACUCCAUCGGCGGCGUGCCGGCGGGACCACUGGAGCCGCUCGCUCGCCUGCAGGAGCUACGCCUGCAGCACAACCGCAUCCGCUGGGUGGAGGCGGGCGCGUUCGGAUCGCUCGCCGCGCUCGCGCUGCUCGACCUGUCGCACAACGAGCUGCGUAGCCUGGACCAGGAGCUCCUGUCGCCCAUGAGGGGCCUCAGCACGCUGGGCCUGACCGGGAACCACUGGCAGUGCGACUGCACCCUGCGGUGGCUUAAAGAGCUGCAACAGGACACGGCUUUGGCAUCGCUGCAGCUCAGGUCCAUAAACCUGACCUGCUGGGGACCCCCGGCGCUGGCAGGGCUCCGCAUGGAGCAGGUGUCCCUGGAGGCCAUGUCCUGCACCGUGCCGCAGGUCCACAUCGAUCGGCAGCAAAUGCAGCUCACGGCCGGACAGAACGGUAGCGUGCUGUGCAGCGCGACGGGACUCCCCGAGCCGAGCGUCUCCUGGAAGCGUCGGAGUCACGGCGGCGACGAUCCGGGUAGGACAUACGACGUGGGCGGCACGGGGCACUUCAACCGCUCCGCUCACCGCGAUGGCAGCGCGUGGGAGGAGGACGUGGCGGCAGCCGCAGCUUCGAACGCUACUGUCGCGCCGGGCAGCCGCGCCACCCUCGACAUCGUGAACGUGACGGAGGGAGACGCGGGCGCCUACAGCUGCGAGGCCGUCAACGCGGCCGGCUCCGACGGGGCCACGUUCUUCCUCGGCGUCGACGCUUCCGAGCCGUCGUGGCUGCGUGCCGAGGAGGCGGUGACCGUUGUGGUCGAAGGGACUGCCGCCGCCACCGGCACCGUGGACUUUGCUGCGAUGGCCGCGUCAACGCAGGCCGGUAUCGCGGCGGGCGUCGCCCUGCUAGCGGCGACGGUGGCGACGCUGCUCGCCGCCCUCGUGCGCCACCGCAGGAAGGCCGUCCGUGCCCGCGGCAAGAAGGACGACGAGAUCUCCUACAUCAACGCCUUCACCGAAGGCCCCACAACGUGCGGGCAGCUCGAGGAGUUCCGCGGGGAGAGCGGGCGGGAGAUGUACGUCAUCAAUCCUGGUCGGCGGCCCAGCGUAGCGGAGAGGGCCGGUGGCACGGGGCGGCUCACGGAUGCCCUGCCGUCGCAUGUCGACGAGCGGCAGCCAUUCUGCCCCGGCAACUCGUCCGACGCGGAAUUCGUUAAGACGAGCAACUACGGCGACCUCAACUUUGACCAAGCGACGCAGACCUACGGUCUUAUCCUGGAGAACCCUCUGGAUCACGAGCUGGAAGAGGGUCAGGUGGCGUACGAGAUAUGCUACUGAGCGCGGGACAUAUUGGGGAGCGAAAGAGAGGCUGAAAGUAGCGCAACUUACUGCAGCCUGUAUUCCAACUUCGGCGAAAUGAUAGGUGAGCUUAAACGAGCCGUGCAGCAUUUAAAAAUCCAAGUAUGACAUCCUAGCCUCUUCCUUUUGACAAAAAAAAGUAACUUAGAUCUGUGCGUGGAUGGGUAUGUCGAGACCGUUUAACGGAGCGCCGCCGCGGAAGGCGCACACAGCCCGCACUACGCCGUGGUCAUGCACCACAACGGUCGCAUGCACUCUCCCAGGUGACAUUCAGCAGACGGAGAGCUUGAAAUUCGUAUUCCACGUCUGCACCGCCGCUUGGUUUGCUUUUAUUUUUUUUUACUUUAAAAAAUCAUUACGAAAGCGCUCACUGUCACGGAGCCAAACAGGAUCUUUGUCAUGAGCAGCAGCUGUCACCCACUUGGCCUGCAGAUGAUGCGCAUGGAGUGACAUACAAUUGUCCUUGAGCCCAGCAGUCAAGGGAAGUGUGCAUUAUUUUAAGACGAUGUCACAAACGUACAAUCCACCCAUUGUAAGAUCGUGUCGGAAGAGUUACGUGGUCAGGGCAUCUCUGUAUUCAACAUUCACGUUUGCACAAUGUAAAUAUGUCGCUUUGAGGGCUUGCAUUAAGCGCUAUUCCUAAUUGCUAAAGAUUAGAGAUAAGAGUAAUUUACGUGUGUUUUCAGUCACUACUGAAAUCGAUGCUUGUUCAUGACAAUGGAUAUGUCUAAGGGGGUGGCUGGGUUAGGACCAAACUGUGCAGUUUGUGCUUUGAAUGUUACAUAAAUCUCACCAAAUGAACAGUUUCUGCCUUUUGGAGGGACACUUCCCCCCCCCCCCCCCCCUUUGACCAUUAACUAGAACAUACACACAACUGCUUAGGCAACAUGGGUCUCGUGUAUGGGUUUAAAAACCUUUUGUAAAGGUGUGCUGGUGUCCUCAUUUGUGUUUGGCCUCGAUGCACUGUUCCUUUUUAGGUGUUGUAAUUGUCCUAUAUAGAUUAAAUAUAAAUUAAG